CCACUGGCUGGCCUCGCAGGCCUACCAGGAUGGAGGGGCAUGCUGAAAUGGAGAUGCUGAGAACCCUGAAGGGGCCCUCUACAGGGGAGGUCAGCGUGCACCUGGUGGCCAGGGGCAGCCCCGGUUCUGGCCCUCACCUGCCCACUACUGCCUUCAUCAUUCCAGCCAGCUCUGCCACCCUUGGCCUGCCCAGCAGUUCCCUGGAUGUGCCCUGCUUUCCACGGGAGCCGAUCCAUGUGGGCGCCCCGCAGCGAGUGCCCGGCAGCGUACCUGUCAUGGCCACCGUUCUGCCGCAGUUGAGCGCAGGGACGGCGGCCAGCUCCAGCGCCAGCACAGUGCGGCUUCUGGGGUGGACCGAGGCCGAGGCCCCGGCCCCGCCUCCUGGGGGCGGCCUACGGUGCCGGCUACCGGAGUACGCGCCACUGAACAUGGUGGAGGCUACAUAUGGUAACGAGCUGCGUCGGGAAGGUGUGGCCGAGUACGAAGCCGGCCAGGCGCCGGCGGGAGGCGGCGAUGCGGGCCCCCAACAGCCGGCGGACCUCCCCCACGACCCUCCAGGAGACCCCCCGCAAGACCCCCCAGAGAAUGGUGCCACCUGUCAGUGCCAGGCGUGUGAGCCUCAGCCAGGCUCCCGUCCAGAUCCUGGCUCCUCCAGGGAUGGCUGCCCCCCGCUGUUUCAGGAGCGGUCAGUCAUAGUGGAGAACUCCUCCGGCCAGAAAUACUACACCAGCACUUCCGAGCUCCUCAAGCCCGUGAAGAAGAGGAAGUACAGGGAGUACCACAGUCCAUCAGAGGAGUCGGAGCCAGAUGCCGCGGAGAAGCGAGAAGAAAGGAAGGAUCCGGAGGGACAGCCCACAGCUAGCAUCCCAGAGAGUGAGGAGUGGAACGGCAGCCAGCCUGCGUCAGGGGAGAAGAAGGAAGGCUGGUCCUGGGAGUCUUACCUUGAGGAGCAGAAGGCCAUCACCGCCCCGGUCAGCCUCUUCCAGGACUACCAGGCGGUCACUCAUAACAAGAACGGCUUCAGAUUGGGCAUGAAGUUGGAAGGCAUCGACCCUCAGCACCCAUCCAUGUACUUCAUCCUCACCGUGGCCGAGGUGUGUGGCUAUCGUCUCCGACUGCAUUUUGAUGGGUAUUCUGAGUGCCAUGACUUCUGGAUCAAUGCCAACUCCCCUGACAUCCACCCUGCUGGCUGGUUUGAGAAGACUGGGCACAGGCUGCAGCCCCCCAAAGGUUACAAGGAGGAGGAGUUCAGCUGGAGUCAGUACCUGCGCAGCACAAGAGCUCAGGCUGCCCCCAAGCACCUGUUUGUGAGCCAAAGCCACAGUCCCCCACCCCUGGGCUUCCAGGUGGGCAUGAAGCUGGAGGCUGUGGACCGUAUGAACCCAUCCCUCGUCUGUGUGGCCAGCGUGACCGACGUGGUGGACAGCCGCUUCCUGGUGCACUUUGACAACUGGGACGAUACUUACGACUACUGGUGUGAUCCCAGCAGCCCCUACAUCCACCCGGUUGGCUGGUGCCAGAAGCAAGGAAAGCCCCUCACACCUCCACAAGACUACCCAGACCCUGACAGCUUCUGUUGGGAGAAAUAUCUGGAGGAAACUGGGACCUCUGCCGUGCCCACCUGGGCCUUCAAGGUGCGACCCCCGCACGGCUUUCUUGUUAACAUGAAGCUGGAGGCCGUGGACCGCAGGAACCCAUCCCUGAUCCGUGUGGCCAGUGUGGAGGAUGUGGAGGACCAUCGGAUAAAGCUCCACUUUGAUGGCUGGAGUCAUGCCUUUGACUUCUGGAUUGAUGCCGACCACCCGGACAUCCACCCCGCCGGCUGGUGCUCCAAGACAGGGCAUCCCCUGCAGCCUCCUCUCCAUCCCAGAGAGCUCGGCUCUGCCUCCCCUGAGAGCUGUUCCCCUCUCAGCUAUCGGGGCCUGCCGCACACGAGGACCUCCAAGUACAGCUUCCACCACCGGAAGUGCCCCACGCCUGGUUGUGAUGGGUCCGGCCACAUCACAGGCAAGUUCACAGCUCACCAUUGCCUCUCGGGGUGCCCCCUGGCUGAGAGAAACCAGAACCGGCUGAAAGUGGAGCUGUCCGACUCAGAGGCCUCGGCCCGUAAGAGGAACCUCUCGGGCUUCUCCCUAAGGAAGAAGCCUCGCCAUCAUGGCCGGACUGGGCGCCCUCCAAAGUAUCAGAAGAUUACACAAGAAGAGUUGGCGACACUAACGACCGAUGUCAUCCACCAGUCCUUCUUCAUGUCAUCCCUGUCGGCCCACGCUGACCGGUCCCUCUCAGUGUGCUGGGAGCAGCACUGCAAGCUCCUGCCGGGAGUGGCGGGCAUCUCGGCCUCGACAGUGGCCAAGUGGACCAUCGAUGAGGUCUUCGGCUUCGUUCAGACCCUGACAGGUUGUGAGGACCAAGCACGACUCUUCAAAGAUGAGGUAAGUGAGGUUAGUCAUAGCCACACCUCUGGGAAACAUCUGGUACGGACCGUGGCCCAGCUUGGGAACCCUCUGUAUCCAGACCCCCAGGAAGGAAGAAGCAUCCUGGAGACGAGCAUGUUCUGUGAUACAAAAAAGCAACGGCCAGAGCAAGGAGGUGUGCUGGUGGACCGGCAGUACCCAAUGAUUGAUGGCGAGGCCUUCCUUUUGCUGACACAGGCGGACAUUGUGAAGAUCAUGAGCGUCAAGCUGGGUCCAGCCUUGAAGAUCUAUAACGCCAUUCUCAUGUUCAAAAACGCCGAUGACACCUUAAAGUGA